UUUAGGGAGGCAGCCAAAAACAGGGCUUGGGAGCAGACUGCUUUCCCUGUGUAUGUGGAUUCCCUAAGUAGUCAGUUUUUUUUCCCCCUCUCAACUAUCAGCUGCUUUGGAUAUUAGUUUCAUAGUAAGGAUUCUGUCAUUAAAGCAACAUGAAGCAACUGUUUUCACAGGGGCACCAGCCCCGUUGCUUUUACUCUGUCCGAAGCCAACAUGUCACUGAAAAAUGAGCCAAAUGUAAAUACCUCUGCACUGAAGAAAAUCGCUGCUGAUAUGAGUAAUUUAAUAGAACACCUGGACACUCGGGAGCUCCACUUUGAGGGAGAGGAGUUGGAAUGUGAUGUGUCUCCUGGCGAUCCCAAGAUACAGGAAGUGUAUAUUCCUUUCUCUGCUAUUUAUAAGACUCAAGGAUUUAAGGAGCCUAAUAUACAGACGUACCUCUCUGGCUAUCCCAUAAAAGCCCAAGUUCUGGAAGUGGAGCGCUUCACGUCUACGACAAGGGUACGAAGCAUCAAUCUUUACACUAUUGAAUUGACACAUGGGGAAUUUAAAUGGCAAGUUAAAAGGAAAUUCAAGCACUUUCAAGAAUUUCACAGAGAGCUGCUCAAGUACAAAGCCUUUAUCCGAAUCCCCAUUCCCACCAAAAGACACACAUUUAGAAGACAGAAUGUCAAAGAAGAGCCUCGAGAGAUGCCAAGCUUGCCCAGUUCUUCUGAAAACACGAUAAGAGAAGAACAAUUUUUUGGUAGAAGGAAACAGCUGGAAGAUUACUUGACAAAAUUACUAAAAAUGCCCAUGUAUAGAAACUAUCAUGCAACAACAGAAUUCCUUGAUAUAAGCCAGCUGUCUUUCAUCCAUGAUUUGGGACCAAAGGGCAUAGAAGGCAUGAUAAUGAAAAGAUCCGGGGGACACAGGAUACCAGGCUUGAAUUGCUGUGGUCAGGGAAGAGCCUGCUACCGGUGGUCUAAAAGGUGGUUGAUAGUGAAAGAUUCCUUUUUACUGUAUAUGAAACCAGACAGUGGUGCUAUUGCCUUUGUCCUGCUGGUGGAUAAAGAAUUCAGAAUUAAGGUGGGGAAGAAGGAGACAGAGACGAAAUAUGGACUCCGAAUUGAUAACCUGUCAAGGACACUUAUCUUAAAAUGCAACAGCUAUAGACAUGCUCGGUGGUGGGCAGGGGCUAUGGAAGAAUUCAUCCAGAAACACGGUGCCAACUUUCUCAAAGAUCAUCGAUUUGGGUCAUAUGCUGCUAUCCAAGAGAACUCUUUAGCCAAAUGGUAUGUUAAUGCCAAAGGAUAUUUUGAAGAUGUUGCAAAUGCAAUGGAAGAGGCAGAAGAAGAGAUUUUUAUCACUGAUUGGUGGUUGAGUCCAGAAAUCUUUCUGAAACGCCCGGUGGUUGAAGGAAAUCGUUGGAGGCUGGACUGCAUUCUUAAACGAAAAGCACAACAGGGUGUAAGGAUCUUCAUUAUGCUCUACAAAGAGGUGGAACUUGCUCUUGGAAUCAACAGUGAAUACAGCAAGAGGACUUUAAUGCGUCUGCACCCCAACAUAAAGGUGAUGAGGCACCCAGAUCAUGUAUCAUCCAGCGUAUAUCUGUGGGCUCAUCAUGAGAAACUUGUCAUCAUCGACCAGUCAGUGGCCUUUGUGGGUGGGAUUGACCUGGCCUAUGGAAGGUGGGAUGACAAUGAGCACAGACUCACGGAUGUGGGCAGCGUGAAGCGUGUCACCACGGGACCAUCUCUGAGUUCCCUCAUGGCUGAAACAACGGAGUCUAUAGAAUCCUUAAGCCUCAAAGAUAAAAAUGAAUCUACUAAAAAUCUGCCUGUGCUAAAGAGUGUUAAUGAUACAGAUUCAAAACUGAAAGGAAUAGGAAAGUCCAGAAAGUUCGCCAAGUUUAGCCUGUAUCGGCAGCUCCACAGGCACCACCUGCACAACGCAGACAGCAUCAGCAGUAUUGAAAGCGCCUCCAGUUAUUGUAAUCACUGUAGAAGUCGUCAGAAUUUAAUCUAUGGUUUAAAACCCCACUUGAAACUCUUUCGCUCUUCCAGUGAUUCUGAGCAGGGACUCACUAGACCUAAUGACACAGGCUCCAUCCGCAGUUUACAGACAGGUAUAGGAGAGCUACACGGGGAAACCAGAUUCUGGCAUGGAAAGGACUACUGCAAUUUCGUCUUCAAAGACUGGGUUCAACUUGAUAAACCUUUUGCUGAUUUCAUUGACAGGUACUCCACUCCCCGGAUGCCGUGGCAUGACAUUGCCUCUGUGGUGCACGGGAAGGCUGCUCGUGACGUGGCGCGUCACUUCAUCCAGCGCUGGAACUUCACGAAGAUUAUGAAAUCAAAAUAUCGAUCCCUUUCUUAUCCUUUUCUGCUUCCGAAAUCUCAGACAACAGCCCAUGAGUUGAAAUAUCAAGUGCCUGGGUCUGUCCAUGCUAACGUACAGUUACUCCGCUCUGCUGCUGAUUGGUCUGCUGGUAUAAAGUACUGUGAAGGCUCCAUCCACACUGCUUAUGUCCAUGUGAUAGAGAACAGCAAGCACUAUAUCUAUAUAGAAAACCAGUUUUUUAUAAGCUGCGCCGAUGACAAGGUUGUGUUCAAUAAGAUAGGUGAUGCCAUUGCCCAGAGGAUACUGAAGGCUCACAGGGAAAGCAAGAGAUACCGGGUAUAUGUUGUGAUACCACUUCUGCCAGGGUUUGAAGGAGACAUUUCAACUGGUGGAGGAAAUGCUCUACAGGCAAUAAUGCACUUCAACUACAGAACCAUGUGCAGAGGAGAAAAUUCCAUCCUUGGACAGUUGAAAGCAGAGCUUGGCAAUCAGUGGAUAAAUUACAUAUCAUUCUGUGGUCUUCGAACACAUGCAGAGCUUGAAGGAAACCUGGUCACUGAGCUUAUCUAUGUCCAUAGCAAGUUGCUGAUUGCUGAUGACAACACUGUUAUUAUUGGCUCUGCCAACAUCAACGACCGAAGCAUGCUGGGAAAGCGUGAUAGUGAAAUGGCUGUCAUUGUGCAGGACACGGAGACAGUCCCUUCGGUAAUGGAUGGUGAAGAGUACCAAGCUGGCCGGUUUGCCCAAGGACUUCGGCUGCAGUGCUUUAGGGUUGUCCUUGGCUAUCUUUCUGAUCCAAGUGAGGACAUUCAGGAUCCAGUGAGUGACAAAUUCUUCAAGGAGGUGUGGGUUUCAACAGCAGCUCGAAAUGCUACAAUAUAUGACAAGGUGUUCCGGUGCCUUCCCAAUGAUGAAGUACACAAUUUAAUUCAGCUGAGAGACUUUAUAACCAAGCCUAUAUUAGCAAAGGAAAAUCCCAUUAGAGCUGAAGAAGAACUGAAAAAGAUCCGUGGGUUCUUGGUGCAAUUCCCUUUUUAUUUCUUGUCUGAAGAAAGUCUACUGCCUGCUGUCGGAACCAAAGAAGCCAUAGUGCCCAUGGAGAUUUGGACUUAAGAGUUAUAUUCCCUUGCAGCUCAAGGACUUACACUCUAAAGAGUACACUGCACACAGUGACUUUCUGGAGACCUAACAGCCUAAGGCAGCCCAAUGUACUCUUACAUGCAACCCAUGGACCCUAUGGGUUGGCUGGGAAGGGCUUCAGUCACAUUGAUAUAAGGACUCUGAACAUCAGCAAUGCUUUAUCAUUCCUCCUGCCUUUCCUUAAGGAAAAGACUGCAUUCUUAUUGGCAGCACACACUCAAGUUAAACUAUUCCUCAAAUGCUAUGAUGUACACCAAAGUGCAUUUCCUUUACUAACACGAAUUUACUUAUAACUGUGGUCUAGGUUGCCAAAAGUUGUCUGAACCUCCUUAUUCUUCCCUGACCCUCAUUUAUGCAACUGGACCUGCCUCAUUUCACAGUCCAUACAGGUGCUGUUUGAGAUCUUGUUUAUUGCUAGAAGAGACCAUGAUGCUGCUUCAAAGCUCUUCAGGGUCACAUGGAAGUCCAUCUAGUCAUGAAGUACUAAUGUUCUCCCAAGCAAGGAUCUGGUCAUUAUUCCUUUUCAGUGACUAACACGACAGGACAGACUUUAGUGUACACAGCAGCCUGUGUUAGGGACUUUGGAUAACAUUGACACUGUAUAAUAUAUAUCGACACCACAGAGCAACAGGAAGGAAUUAAAUUCAGUUGUCGAGGUAGAGAUUUCACUUUGCCUCCAAAGGCACUGACAAGAUGUAUCCUUCUGGUAGGGCGCACCUGAUCUAAUUUGAAAAUGUAGGUAGGAUAUGUGAUUGCACAGCAUCUGAUAAAACUCAAAGACAAAGCGUGCAGCCUUCAGAAACCUCCAAGGUGUCUGAUCCACCGAAAAGAAGAUUCCUUAGAGUCCUAUAAAAUUUCCUGUCAUCCAUAGCUGCUGGAUUGGUUGAAAUUUUAGUUUUUAUGUUUUAAAAUCAAACCAGUGAAUACAAUUUGUCUUUCCAGAAAAUCAGCACCUUUAUAACUUCUACUAAGUUAAUAAGAGCCUAACCUUAUUUGACAUUCAGCUCUCCAGCUAUGUUAGCUUCUUAAAGAAAAAUUAAUCAAUUGCAAAAUAUGUGCUAUUUCACUUGCAUUAUUAAAUAUACAUUAACAUUCCACCAGGUCUUCUGAAGAGGUUAGGAUAGUUAUUAAUUCACAUUGUCCUAGUUUGUGAAUUGUUCUGGAAACCCGUUUUUCUUUUUUGGAUGUUAGAGUACUCUUUGCUACAUCAUAGCUCUAAUUUUACUAAGUAGACCUAUUCUUAUAGCCUGAAGACCUAAUGUGGGUCCCCUAAAGUCCUAUGCUCAUAAACUAUGGGUUAGGUGCAAUGCUUACACAUCUAUGGAUUACCUGGACAGACUCUCACUUGAGUUGUUCAGAGGAGCAAGGAUCCAAUCCCUGUUUUCAUGGAGCUAAUAGUCCAGUGGAAAAGGUUAAAUAGGAGCACAAAGUCAGUGAUCUGGGUUAGUAGGAGAGAGAGUGUCACACCUAGGAGAGGAUUACACAGCUAGAAAACAUUUCACAAAUGAGGUGGGACUAUGAAACCAACAAUGAAAAUGAGUAUGCUUUUAUGAAUAAAUAACUUUUUUUCUUAGAGAGCUGAAGACGGUAAAAUGACUUCAUUCUCUAGCAAUUAUAAAGGAGACAUUUGCUAUUUAUGAAGUUUGGAUUGGCGUUUAAAGUUUUGAGUGUAUGUGGAAUGGACUUAGGAUUUCUUACAUUUUAUUUUUAAAUAUUUUUUAAACUAUAGAACAGUCAAUAAACUGGCUCUUGAUUUUGUGCAAUAGUCUCCCAUAAAACCAUGAAAAAUGAGAACUUGAAAGAGACCUUUUCCUUAAAAAAAUCACCUAAUUCAACCUCUCCCCAUUUUAUAGAUGAGGAAACUGAGGCCCAGAGUAGUUGAAGGACUCACUUAAAUUUACUUAACUUAGAGAUAGUGAACUGGGAACUAGUAAAAUUGCCACACUCCAUUACUGGCCUGUUCUUUCACUUUAUCAUUACUCCCAAAUGAGGAGCUGCAGUAAAUAGAUUUCAGACAGGAUAUUUCUAAGCUAUUCUGAACCCUGCGAUAUUACGUAUUUAGGUGUUUAUCCAUCUCCCCAGAGCCAGGAAUAGUGUCUGGCACAUAGGAAGUGCUUAAUAAAUGUUUGUUGAGUGAAUAAACAAGGUGGAGGAGAUAACUAAUGAAAUGAAAAACUUAGACAAGAAGUCUUACUGCUAGUUCCUGUGGCAAGUCAUUUUGUUGUUUGUUUGUUUGUUUGUUUGUUGUACUACAUCUUCUCAAAGGCAAGAUGUUCAUCUGCAAAGAGGAGAGGCUACAAGAUUUACUUGGAUGGAUUUUAUAAAAAAUUCAGUGCAAUAAUUACCUAUUUUGUAAUAACAGUUUACAUAGUGCAGCAUUAUGCAAAAAUCGAAUGAGAUGUGGACACAAGUGUACUGUAUGGCCGAAUUAUCCACUAUUCUCUAACACCAUUACUACCGAAUUGCAAAUAAUUUAUCUUUAACAUUGCGAUGUCUGAUAUAAGCUUUAAAAUGCAAAUGAUUCAAAGCCUUGAAAAACUAUUAUGAAUCAGUUCAACACUUCAACUUGACUGUAAUCUUUUGAAACGUCUAUAAAUGCUGUACCUGACACUCUGCUAGUCUCUGUAAUAAUUUUUGUUUCCAAGAAGGAAAAUUGUAGGAGUAAAAGAAAAGAAAGGUAUAAAGUGGUCAUGGCCUAUUAAAGCUAUUUGGAUUGAGCGAGCUUAGUUGUUGGGGAUACUCAACUCAGCAGGUCUGGUGCAGGCAUUUGCUCUGUGUCAAGUGUUCUCUCAGUGACUUACCCUUCAGUGGCAUGUUCUGAAUUCUCAGCUGUAAUGCAUCACAGAGAGGGUUGGAGAGCUGGUCAUUAGGUAAUUGCAUGGCAUAUUAUAAAACAAAAUAUUGGUUUUAUUACCAGCUUUGGAAGAAAAUUUUGUCUAUGGGUAGUCAAAACAAAGCAGUUAAUCUCUUAUAUCAUAACUUGGAAACUUGUAAUAUAUCAUAUGUGUUAACAAUUUUCCAGAUGAAAACAGCAAGCCAAGAAGUCUUUUGUAAGACUACGGGCAGAACAGCUUUUCUUUGCUGCACGUCAUGAAGAGCCUGCGCUUCUUUCCACGUCUCAUUUCUUAUUCCUUCAACCUUUCUCCCCAACCAGAAUGCCUCUGUAUUACGUAAACCAUUUUAGAGGACAAGAAGAUUUUCUGGAAAACAUAAAAUUGGGCCUUGACAAUAAAUCUUCAGUUUAACUUACA